AUGGCUACACGUGCCGCCCACAAGCGUCUGACAAAGGAGUACAAGAACAUCACUGAAAACCCUCCGCCAUACAUCACCGCCCACCCUUCCGAGUCAAACAUUCUGGAAUGGCACUACAUACUCGAAGGCCCUAAGGAUACUCCCUACGCCGGCGGCCAGUACUGGGGCACUCUGGUCUUUCCUCCUGACUACCCUUUCGCGCCCCCUGCUAUCCGUAUGCACACGCCCAGUGGUCGCUUCCAACCUUCCACCCGUCUCUGCCUCAGCAUCUCAGACUUUCACCCAAAGAGUUUCAAUCCGGCAUGGGAGGUCAGCACCAUCUUACUCGGCCUCCAGAGUUUCAUGACUAGCGAGGAGAUGACGACGGGCUCUUUGUCUGCCUCCGAAGCCGAGCGCAUCGUAUUUGCCCAGCGCUCCCGCUGGUGGAACAGUACAGGCGGCGGCUCCUCCAACCGCACCAUCCCGGGCCUAGGACAGCAAAGCAGCAACACGCGCGGCUUUGGCGCCAUCAGGGCAGGUGACGGCGGCAUAAAGUUCAAGGAAGAGUGGCCAGAGCUAGACGAGCAGAAUUGGAAGUGGAUGGAAGAGCACAAGGUCGACCCGCAAACUGGAAAGACUGUGGCGCCUUCACCGGCUGCGAACACUUGCUCGCCGGAGACGAAUGCGCUGCGCAAACGUCCUGUGGGCAGCCAUGCUGGCUUGGGCGCUGUGGUUGAGGGCGGCCAUGUUGCGCGCGAUGCGGGACAGAGUUGGUUGAGACGAAACAGGAUGUAUGUUGCUCUGGGGCUCAUCUUUGGCUAUGUUGUCCUGGCUCGUGCCUUGGGAGAGCCUGCGUCUUGA